CCGACAGAUUGAUAUUCCCUCGGAAUUCCGUCGGUAUAUUCCGAGGAAAUUCCGAGGAAACCCAAUUUUGUGUUUCCUCGGAAUUUCCUCGGAAAUUCCUCGGGAUAUUCCGAGGAUUUCAUUUUCCGUCGGAAUGUCUGUCAGAAUACCGCUGUUUUCUUGUAGUGUGAUGUUAAGAUGUUGCGAAAGAAGACGGUGCAGGAUACAAAUAUUCGGAUUAAGAUUGCAUGUGUUGCGCUCCUAUCCUCUGUCCUUCUAUCAAUAAAUCUUAAUAUGAAGAUUAUGAGAGAGCAUGCGGAGGCGAUUGAAGAUAUUGAUGAGUUUUUCUGGUUUCCAUAGGGAAGGAUGGUGUUUGAUAUGCUAAUGUCUAGCAUUAAGGAGAUGGAUGAGAUAACAUUAUCUCAGAAUUCCAUCGCUGUAAAGGGUUUUGUGUUAGCUAUCCACUUGGUUGUGGUUGAAUCAUUUUCAUCGCUGACUGAAGUUGUUGUAGAACAUUGCUCCUCGUCCGAACCAGACAGUGACGAUGACGAUGAUGCUGACGAAUGUAGACAGAAACUUGGGAAAAAACACAUACUCAGCCCCAUACAUGCUCGCCUUGUUGAUUCCAAAUCCGAGGUCGCAGUAAAAAGUCUUAUAAAAGAAGACCCGGCCAGACCCAUCGAUGAGAACAGUUCACUACUUAUGUUUGUGAUGUUAUGUAUCAACUUUGUGUUAUGUAUCGCCUUUGUAAAAGUUCUAAUCUAAUGUUGUUAACUGUCUUAAUUAAUGCAAUUAAGUAAACUUUCUUUCUACGCGUAUGAGUCAUACGAAGGCGUAAUGUGAAAGAUGUAAAACAUGAUUUAUGUAUUUAAUCAUAUAUUUUUCAUUA